CGUCAUUCCACUUCUCCAAUUAGGGUUGGAUUUUUCUCGGUGCCCGUGCCUCUCUCUCUUCUUUCUCUCUCUAUGAUCCCUCUGCUCAGUUCGCCAUUUCCCCCCUUUGCCUACCUGCUUUCUGGGGUUUCUCCGUCUCUCUCUAUGUCUUACUCCCAGAAUUAAACUACUUCUCCUUGUGAUUAACAAGAUCAUGUGACCAUUCUGCGAAAUUCUGCUUCCCAACAUUCAUUCAUCUUUAGUCGCGAAACAAUCUUUUUCCUUUCCCGCUUUGAAAGAGUAAACAGCGAUCACAAAAAGGAAGCCAUGGAAUCUAGCCAAAAGGUAAAGAGGAAGGAGAAUUAGUUUAUUGAGAGAUGGGAUCAGUCUUCCGUUGCAAUUCACAAGUAUUUCAAGAAGAGGGUUCGUCGACGAUCGGAGCGGAGAUCGAGAAAUACUGCUCCGACUGCAGAACUACCACCACGCCGCUGUGGAGGAGCGGCCCUUCAGGCCCUAAGUCUCUGUGUAAUGCUUGCGGGAUCAGACACAGAAAGAAGCGGGUGGUGGCGGUGGCGGUGGCGAAGAACGAUGUGAGGAAGGGGAAAAUAGGGAAAACGAGGAACUUGAUGCCUCUGGGGAAGGAAGUAGAGGUGGCGGAGGGGCGGAGGUCGACGGCGGCGGCGAAGAGGCUGAGGAGGCCGAAAGAGUGGGGUGAAGUUGAGAGGGCUGCCCUGCUUCUGAUGGCUCUGUCUUGUGGUGCUGUUUUUGCCUAGAUUGGUGUGAGAAAGAGUAGCUAUUUUCUUCAUGGUUUUACUAGGGUUGUAGAUUGAAGAAAGGGGGUUAGGAGUUAGUGGUUUCAUUUUCCUUUGUUUUGUUGGGCUUGGGGUGUUAGAAUUGAAAAAAAAAAGCAAGUGUAAAUAUCGAUGGAAAUCAUCAAUGAAGUGUUUUUCUUUUCAA